AAGUAGUUGCAUUUUGAUUUAUUGUGCUUCGAGUUUUUAAUAAGGACGAAAGCAAGUGGAAAUGAAUGCAAAUUUAGCGUGUUUUGAAUCCAAAAUUUUAUCGAGUUUUGCAGAGCAUAUAGUAAAUAUUCCAGUGAAAUGUAAAUGAAAUUAAAUUACCGUUACAUAUUUAUUACAAGAUGCAUAGACUGUUAGAGGUCUCUGUCUCCACAUUAAUCUCCCCUUGUUUAUUUCUUUCAUUAUCAUGUGCAUUUCUUUAUAUGCACCUAGUUGUCAGUCUUUGCUUUUGGGCCUAAUGGAGAGUUUGGAACUAGAGGUGAGUAGUGGUAGUAGAGGUGGUGGUGCAGACGUUGAGCAUGGUGCGCCUGCAAAUGACGAAGGAGGAGCCUAUUUGGUUUGGGAAGAUCUGAAUGUGGUGGUUCCGAACUUCGGGAGUAAUGGAGAGAGCAAAAGGCUGCUGCAGUGCCUUAAUGGUUAUGCUGAGCCUGGAAGAAUCAUGGCUAUUAUGGGUCCUUCUGGCUCUGGCAAAUCCACCCUUCUUGAUACCUUAGCAGGUAGACUGUCAAACAAUACUAUCAUGACUGGACAGAUAUAUGUCAAUGGUGCCAAGAGGAGAAGAGACUUUGGAGUUGUUGCAUAUGUUACACAAGAGGAUGUUUUAUUGGGUACUCUUACAGUUAGAGAAACCAUCACAUACUCAGCACACUUGAGACUACCCCCUACAAUGACUAAACAAGAGGUUAAUGGGAUUAUAGAGGGGACAAUUUUGGAGUUGGGACUCGAGGAUUGUGCUGAUACGCUUAUAGGAAACUGGCAGUUAAGAGGUGUAAGUGGUGGAGAAAAGAAAAGAGUAAGCAUUGCUCUUGAAAUCCUGGUUAGGCCACAGAUCUUAUUUCUUGAUGAGCCAACUAGUGGCCUUGAUAGUGCCUCUGCCUUCUUUGUGGUUCAAGCUCUUAAAAGUGUUGCUCGUGAUGGAAGAACUGUAAUCUCUUCAAUUCAUCAGCCUAGUAGUGAAGUUUUUGCACUGUUUGAUGAUCUGUUUUUAUUAUCUUCUGGUGAGGUUUGUUAUUUUGGUGAAGCAAAGAUGGCUGUCAAGUUCUUUGAGGAUGCCGGAUUUCCAUGUCCCAGGAGAAGAAAUCCUUCUGAUCACUUUCUACGCUGCAUAAAUUCAGACUUUGAUGUUGUAACGGCCACACUUAAGGGAUCACAGAGAAUUCAGGAGACGGAGAACAUAGUAGAUCCUCUGAUGAAUAUGGCAACAGCAGAUAUAAAAGCAUCACUUGUGAAGAACUACAAAAGAUCUGAGUACAGUGCAAAGACCAGAGAAAAGAUCAUCGAAUUUAAGAACUACCAAGGUAUGGAGAUCGAGUUGCUGAGUGGAAGUCAAGCGGGAUGGUGGAAGCAACUCAGGACACUGACAAAAAGAUCUUUUGUGAACAUGAAUAGAGAUGUAGGAUAUUACUGGUCAAGAAUAGUUAUAUACAUAGUCGUAUCAUUAUGCGUUGGCACUAUAUACUAUGAUGUUGGCACUGGUUACACUGCAAUACUGGCUCGUGGAGCUUGUGGUGGCUUCAUCACAGGUUUUAUGACUUUCAUGUCCAUCGGAGGCUUCCCAUCUUUUAUUGAAGAAAUGAAGGUCUUCUAUAAAGAAAGGCUAAACGGCUACUAUGGAAUUGCUGUUUUUAUACUGUCAAACUUCCUCUCCGCCUUCCCAUUUUUGGUUGCAGUUUCUUUUGUUAGUGGGACAAUGACUUACUACAUGGUGAAAUUUGGGCAUGGAGUAUCCCAUUACGCAUACUUUUGCCUAAAUCUCUUUGGCUGUAUUGCUGUCGUAGAGAGCUGCAUGAUGAUAAUAGCAUCAUUAGUUCCCAACUUCUUGAUGGGAAUCAUAACAGGAGCUGGAGUAUUGGGAAUCAUGAUGAUGACCUCUGGAUUCUUUCGCUUGCUUCCUGACCUUCCAAAGGUUAUCUGGCGGUACCCAGUUUCGUAUAUAAGUUAUGGAUCAUGGUCAUUACAGGGAUCAUACAAGAAUGACAUGAUCGGGCUCAUGUUUGAUCCUCUAAUACCCGGGGAUCCAAAAAUAUCCGGUGAAGAUGUCAUUACAAAAACGUAUGGCUUGUCACUUGAUCAUUCAAAAUGGUGGGACUUAUGUGCAGUAUAUUGCAUUCUCGUGGCUUACAGACUACUCUUCUUUAUUAUUUUGAAAGCAAAUGAAAGAGCUGCCCCCUAUUUCCGGUCUCUUUACGUAAAAAGAACUCUGCACAACCUUAACAAAAGGCCUUCAUUCAUAAGAAAACCAUCCCUUCUAUCCAGGAGGUACUCUAAUCUUAAUUCCCUGUCGUCUCAAGAAGGACGUAAUUCUCCUUAGCUAGUUCUAAGCUGCUCAAAUGAGUCCCUUUUCCUGUAGUAUUUAAAAGGGCAGAGUGUUAUUGCUUGUUGAUAAACAUUGAUCUUCUGUUGUUUUGUGGAGUUGCUUUAAUGUUGUUGCAGCAUUCCACAAAGAGUAUGAUCAAACUUCUUGUAGCUUGAACACUAAAUGCAUACUUUGUAUUUAUAUAACAAUAAAACUUGGCGUA